GAGAAAUAGAGAGAGAAGGAGAGUGAAAGAAGCAGCUCCUUGCUCGCACCCCACUCGAAGCUCCCGGAUGCGGGCUCGAGCAAGGCUGAAAGAGGGGAUACGCUUGGGGAAGAGGUCGGCUUGGUGGUGGGAGGCUUGCCGCCAAGAGAGCUACUCGUAGUGGGGAGAAAGCGCGGGUUAGCAGCCCGGACCCGCCAAGCGUAGAAUUCAGUAAGCGUACGGCUCUCUAUGGCCACGAACGUGUUUUUCGUUCUUCGGUUCCCGCGCAUGCAUAUAUACGCGUAUGUCGUUCCCGAGAGAGACUCUGAUCGAAAGGAAACUUAAUAUAUAUACACAUAUAUAUACAUCGGGACUGUUUGUUUGGAAAUCCACUAAACGUUGACGAUCAACACCAUCCACUUCACUUCAUCAACAUCAUCAUCAUCAUCAUCAUCUUAUUUUUCUUCUUCUUCACUGUUAUUUACUUCAUCGAUUCUUCUAAAUUCCUAUCAUCAUUGAAAACAGUUUUUUUAACGUUAAACGGAAAAUUUCAACACAUCACAACAGCACUUAAACUUCUGUUAUUAUUAUUACUGCUACUGCUACUACUGUUACCAAAUCGAUUCAUCCCCUUGACCAACGAGCAUCAACGAAACACAACAUUACCAUCAUCAUUAAUCAACAUCAUCAACAACAACAACAACAACAACAACAACAACAACUCUUCCGUUCUUUCACAUUUCUUCCACAUUAAUUUUCUGCAACUCGAAGAUUAUCAUCGGACCAACGAUCAAAAGUAACCUACAGGAGAAAUACAAUAUUUGGCUUUAACAACUUCUUCCCAUCAUCAUUUUGAUUUUCUCAAUAAAUUCUCAUCGUUCGUUUCCGCAACUGUGGCUUUAAUCAUUCAAACUGGAUUCCAACAAGCAGUACGUGUCGCGAUUACAUCGCGGCUACCGGAGGCUUAAGAAGUUAUUCAAGCGUGUGGCGAACCAGGCGCUUACCGUUUCGCCACAGCCGGCAGUUACGGUGGAGGGGCCGGUGUCCAAAAUGUCUCCACCGACUAAUGAUGUGACCAACGGUGUAGUGGCGCCAGCAGCCACCUUGGCGCCCCGAGUUCCAACUAAUCCUUCACUUACCACCGUCAAUCCGCUCACGCAUAAGCGCACUCCGAAGGAUUUCAUUUUUGGCAAGGUGAUCGGCGAGGGAAGUUUCUCCACCGUUUACCUCGCCAAGGAUAUCCAUACCAGUAAGGAGUACGCGAUAAAAGUGUGUGACAAGCGUCACGUUAUCAAGGAGAAAAAAACCGAAUACGUGAAACGCGAGAAAGAGGUGUUGAACAUGCUCGCGACAGCGAAGCAUUCGUUCGUGCGUUUGUUCUGCACCUUCCAGGAUAUGGAAAGACUCUAUUUUGUUCUAUCGUACGCGAAGAACGGCGAGCUAUUACCUUAUAUCAAUAAGGUUGGCUCGUUUGACAUCGAAUGUACCAAGUUCUACUCGGCUGAGAUCUUACGUGGUCUCGAGUACCUUCACGGUCUCGGUAUCAUUCAUCGAGAUCUUAAGCCGGAGAACAUAUUACUGGACGAUAAGAUGCACUUGCUCAUUACCGAUUUCGGCAGCGCUAAGAUCUUGAAAGAUCCGGAGACACCGCAGGUAGUGGGACCUCCGGCAGAUGAUGCUCAACAACCGCAGCAACAACAACAGUGUCGCAAGGAACGCAAAGGUUCCUUUGUUGGUACAGCGCAGUACGUUUCACCGGAAUUACUGACCGACAAAACGGCGAGCAGAGCGUCGGAUCUUUGGGCGCUCGGCUGCAUCGUCUAUCAGAUGGUCGCCGGUUUGCCGCCGUUCCGUUCGCGGAGCGAAUACUUGAUAUUCCAAAAGAUCUUAAAACUCGAGUACGAAAUUCCCGAUGGCUUCUGCGAGUUGGCUAAGUCCCUCGUAAGUCAACUCCUCGUGCUCGAUCCGAACGACAGACUUGGCGCUCAGGACGAACACGGCGCUGGUUAUCCUAGCAUUCGUGCUCAUCCAUUCUUCAAGGGUGUCGAUUUUGAAACCCUUCAUGAACAAACGCCACCGCCGAUUUAUCCCUACUUGCCCGGAACAUCGGAACACGAGGAACUCAGGUCGCAGUACAGAGUUCCGGAUCAUCUCGAGCCCGGCCUCGAUGACAAGCAGUUAACGAGACUUCUCGGACUUGGCAUUGGCGAGGACGACGACGACGAUGACGAUGACGACGACGAGGAAGAUCAGGAAAACGCGGACAGCAACGUUGAACCUACUAGCAACGAACCGAGCAAAAGAGUCAUGGACAAACCUGCUCGACGCGCUGCUGUACUUGCUGCCGCUGCUACUGUCGCCGAGAGACAACCGAGAAGGACCAGGUCUUCCGGCACUGAGAGUAACAUCGCUGAUCUCAGCCCUGAGGAGAUUAGAAACCGAUUGGAAAAGCAACGAACGUCUUGCCAAUGGGACGUCUUCGUCAAAGGUAAUCUCAUCUUGAAGCAAGGAUUCGUCAACAAGAGAAAGGGCCUCUUCGCUAGACGGAGAAUGCUCUUACUCACCACCGGACCUCACCUUUACUACGUCGACCCUGUCAACAUGGUACUCAAGGGUGAGAUACCCUGGAGUCCUGAACUCAGGGUUGAACCUAAGAACUUCAAGAUUUUCUUUGUCCAUACGCCAAACAGGACGUAUUAUCUCGAAGAUCCUGAGGGAUUCGCAUUAGAGUGGUGUAGAGCUAUCGAAGAUAUGCGAGUCCAUUGUUACGGCCUGCAGGAAUCCACAGCUUAAGUAGUAACAUUUAUUAACGAGAGCAAAAUGACCACCACGACUCGAUUCUGAAACGCGUCCGAGAAUACAACGGUAUAAAAACAUUCGACAAUUUCAUCAUUUCGAAUUGACAUUAUAUAGGAAAAGAAUUUGUUUAUAUGUAUAUAUAUAUAGACACAUCAGACUCACACAUAUAGGAUGACAUCUUUUUAAGGAUCGAUAGGUGUCGGCUUCUAUUUUUAGGACAAAAGUUACUCUAGAUGAUUUUUUGGUCAUUUCUCCUCCUUCGAUUGGAGGUGAAAGGGAUCUUAUACUAUUAGGUAAAUUAUCGUUGGAAGAAGUAGUUUGAAUCUGCUUCGAGACGCUAAAUAAAUAGAGCAAAUUAUUUAGGGACAAGUAUUUUUGCGACGCGUCAAUAAUCGUUCACACUGUUGAUCCCGAACGUAAAAUGGCUGUCGUCGUGCAAAAGCUUUAGGAAAAUUCUUUAUUAGUCGAAAUUUAUAUUAGAUAAUGAUGAUAAUGAUGAUGAUGAUGAUGAUGAUGAUAAAGAUAAAGAAAAAGAAGAAUAAGAGAAGUAAACUCGAGGAAAAGGGCGGAUGAGAAUUUAGAUUAUAAGAUAGGACGUUUAUAAACGGAUCGACAGGAAAUAGAAAAGGAAAGAAAUUCUUUUUUUUUGUUUUUGUUUCUUUUUUUUUUUUUUCUUUUUUUGAAGGAAUCGCAACACUGCAAAUAUUUUCCAACCAACCAUUUCGCAGCUUUUUAAUACCGUUUUGUAUUUUUUAAACUUUACGUUGUGUUACAUCUCUGAUAAAAAAAAAAAAAAGAACAACUUAAGUACAGGUCCGGUCAAGCUAAAUUGCGAUUCCUUAUUUUCGUAUAUAUUCGAAAUUUUGUUUAUUUAUAUUAAUAUAGGUAUAUAUAUAUAUAUAUAUAUAAUUUCUUUUUCUUUUUCUUCCACUUUUCCAUUAUUUUCGUCUGCCUAUGUACCUGUCAUGUAAAUAGAAAAAAAUAAGUACCAUUUAACUCUCGAGAAAGCAGGUCAAAGACUUAGCGAUCCGAAUAGAGGGAUGCAUGAUCGUGUAUCCUAUUUAUAUACAUAUAUUUAGAAUUAGUAAUUAGCGUAAUUUAUAAGUACAAAAACGAGUGGUGUGUUCUCGUCGCGCCAUCGAUCCGUUUCUCCUCGAGUUUUCGACUCUUUUAUUUUUUUCCGUUUUCUCGUCGCGAUCAUAUUAUCGAGUUCUUGCGGAUUGUACAUAUAUAUAUAUAUACAUAAAUAUCACUAUAA